AUGCAUAAGGAUGAGAGCAUGAGAAGGACGGUGUACAAGGAACGAGAAUCUCAAAGCAGGCAACGGGAAGCAUGGCCCACACUAGCAAGACUCGAGUUCAGGCCAAAAGCAGCGCAAACCAAGACAUGUGCUUUAAAAAUGUUUUCGAACAAAAGGUUACCUCCGCGUGAUAUUGUUUCCCAUGAAAGAGAAGGGUUGCAGGAGAGACUGGCAAAAAGAUGUCCUAAGGAAGACUUGCUUCUCUUGGAUUUCUGGGUGAGCCCAUUUUGCAUGAGGGUGAAAAUAGCUUUGGCUGAGAAGGGUUUGAACUAUGAAUCAAAAGAGGAGGAUUUGUUUGGUGGGAAGAGUGAGUUGUUGCUGAAAUCAAACCCUGUUUACCAGAAGGUGCCUGUGCUCUUACACAAUGGUAAGCCACUGAAUGAGUCCGCUAUCAUCGUUGGCUACAUUGAUGAGAAAUGGCCUUCACCCCCAUUGCUGCCAGCUUGUGCAUAUGGCCGUUCCCAAGCCCGUUUCUGGGCUGAUUAUAUUGACAAGAAGCUAUUUGAUGCAACCUGCACUGUCUGGAGGAGCACAGGAGAGGCUGUGGAGGUAGCCAAGAAAGACUUCAUUGAAGUUCUGAAGGUGUUAGAGGAAGCCCUUGGGGAGAAAAAAUUCUUCGGUGGUAAAACCUUUGGGUUUGUCGAUAUAGUGGCAAUCCCUAUGGCCAGCUGGUUUUAUGCCAGUGAGAAGUUUGGAAACUUCACAGUCGAGGCCGAGUGUCCCAAACUAUCAGCUUGGAUUAAGAGGAGCAUGCAGAGGGAGAGUGUGGCCAAAGCUCUUCCGGACCCAGAAAAGGUCUAUGACUUUGUUGUCAUGUUCAGAAAGAUGCAAGGCAUCGAGUAGUCAAAAGCUUGCAUAUAUGCCCUUUCAACUCUGUGCAAUAAUUAGAUUUAUGCACAUUUGAGUUUAGCGUUGUCAGCUAUAGGUCUCUUUCUGGUCCUUUCUUCUCUCUUUCAACAAGGGGGGAAAAUAACCAUUUUUCUCAACUCACUUGUGGCUACCUGUAUCUGUGAAUAAGAAAGGGAUAAUUCCAUUGUUGUCUUCUUGUUGUAUCAAA